AUGUUAACGCUUACUCUUCAUUUCACAUCUUCUUCUUCUUUCUUCAAGCCCAUCUCUCUUUCUUUCAGUCCAUCUCUCUUUCUCCCCUCCCAUCUUUCUCUCUAUCUCUCCUCCCAUCUUUCUCUCUCUUCCUUUCGUUUCCUUCAUAUCAUCCUCAGUGAAAGCGUCUAUCUCUCUCUUCGGUCAUCUUUUUGCUUUCACUCUCACAAUAUCUUCUCCUGUGUUAACGCUUACUCUUUAUUUGAUAUCUUCUUCCUCACUUUCUUCGGGAGCAUCUCUCUUUCUACCCUCAGCUCUCUCUCGCUUUAUCUUUCUCUCUUUCUUUUCUUUUCCUUUUCUUUUAUAUUCUUCUUGGAGAAAGCGUCUAUCUCCCUUUGUCCGAUAAACACAUCUUUCACUCUCCAAUUUUCUAUCUAUCUAUCUAUCUAUCUAUCUAUCUAUCUAUCUAUCUAUCUAUCCCAAUCUCUUCAUUAUCUAUCUAUCUAUCUAUCUAUCUAUCUAUCACAGUCUCUUCAUUAUCUAUCUAUCUAUCUAUCUAUCUAUCUAUCUAUCUAUCUAUCUAUUGCGCAUCUAAAUAUUUUUUAUAUAUCCAAUCAUAUCUAUCUAUCUAUCUAUAUAUCUAUCUAUCUAUCUAUCUAUCUAUCUAUCUAUCUAUCUAUCUACUUCAUUCAUUCUUCUCUCAAACAAAUGCCUUACUCUUUCUUUCUUUCCAACUCUCAGACAAAUGCCUUACUAUUUCUUGCAUUGAAACUCUCCAACAAAUGCCUUGCUUUUUCUUGCGUUGUAACUCUCCAACAAAUGCCUUGA